AUGGCUUAUAUAGAAUGUAAAGUUUGGCAUUUUCAGGAAGAUGAUGAUAUAGAUCUAAAAAGUCGCUACGAAGCAAUGAAAGCAGAAUGUACUGUAGAUUCUAUACAGUCAAGAAAAAAACAGGUUGGAAUGUCUGGAUUUAUCUUUCCGAUACAAGGGAAAGAUAGACUAGUAUCUACUAAUGGUGACGAUUUAUGGCUUCGCGAAGCAAAAAUAGAUAUGGAAAAACAAGGAUUAACAAUAUAUGGUGAUUUU